AUGAAAAGAACUGACUUCAUAUCAAAUAUCAGUCUGUCCUUAUUGUAUUAUUUUCUUUUAUUGUCACUUGUACUGUAUAUGUUUUUUCUUUUGCCUUCAUUUCUAAUUGCAUUACAUUUUAUUUUUCCCUUGUCCUAUCAAACAUUUGUGCUGUUUCUGUAUGUUUUUCAUACUGCUGUGUGUGUGUGUGUGUGUGUGUGUGUGUGUGUGUGUGUGUGUUCGUGUGUGUGUGUGUGUGUGUACAUCGGCUUGGUUUACAGCUGCAAUGUAUCAUUUGCUGGCUGCACACCAAGCUUGCUUUUAUGGCCCCGGAUCAAACACUGUAAAACAUGCUCCGAUAGGCAUGCAAACGCACACUGAUACAGACACUUUAGAGCCACAAGUGCUUAGUCAUCACACAGCAUGGAGAGAAAGCUUUGUGAGCCAUUUAUGUGCUUUGUUUUUCAAUGUGCUGAUUACUGAGGAGUGCAUGGUCUACAGAUAUUACCAGCUCACAUUUUUGUGCCCCUAUCUCUCUUUCCUUAGUAUGCCACAAUGACUUCCUCAUUUAUUUGUGACAACAGAACAAGAACAUGACAUAUCCGCGAUAAGACCGAUGGAGAGAGUGAGUCUUAUGGGCCAGAAAAUGAAGAGAGUAAUGACAGUUGUAUAGACAAAAGUCUUGUCAUGGUUUGUAUGAAGGAAAGCCCCCAUCAUUUCCAAUCAACUGCUGGAUCUGCAUGACUAAUGCUGAAAUGACAUAUAUCAUUGUCAGAUAGGGUAUGUUCACACAGCUGUUUUUUUUUAAAUAAAGACACACACAUAAUGACAGCCUCCAGCACACACAAACACACACACUUAAGGACGAUAGCUCACUCUUAUCUUGCUGGCUGACACCAUUUUGCUCUCUAACAAUCUUGCUAAUUAUAAUUGUUAAUUAAUUCUCUGCCAGUGUCCUCAUCAGGAGACUAAUAACCUACAUUUCCAUUAAUUAGACCUUCAACCCUUCGCUCCCUCCCUCAGUCUCUCUGUCCCACUCCAAUCCACCCCUUCAUCCCUUGCCUCAGCUGCUGCCUGCUGCUCUUCUCUGCCAGGAUUGUCCAUACAUCACAUGCACACAUGGACUGCCUGUUGAUCCUUCAGUCAUCCAACUCUGCUGCAAACUGUCAAUAGUUUAGUUCCAGUUAUGCACAACCAGCCUUUUUGUCAAGUCUUCAUUGCUGAAGCUCUCUGCUCUUCUCUUCCAGACUCCCUCUCCUCUCCAAUUUCCUCUCUUCGUCUGGCACAAGAGGAAGUGAGAGACAGUUGGCGCCGGGUUGCCCAUGCUGUAUUGGUGGUGGCAAAAUGGCAGCUUCUGUCUCAUUCGUCCUCCUUCCUCUACCUCCCUCUCCAGAGAGAAGAGGAGGCCAGCUACAGGUGUGACACUUCAGCCUUUUUUAAGGGAGCAGCACAAAAACAGGAGAGAAAGGAAAGAGGGACAGAAGAAAAGCUAUCCUUUAGGCAUCAUGUCUACCCCGGUCUCCCCUUCCCCUUCCCUCUCCCCCUUGACCCUGGCCUCCCCUACAUCAGCCACCUCCCCUCUGCCCUCACCCCUUUCCCCACCUGCCAGGGUGCCUGUGUUUCAGAGGAAAGGAGCUCUGAAACACAAGAGGAUUGUGGAGGUUAAAGACCACCAGUUCACAGCCCGAUUCUUCAAACAGCCCACUUUCUGCAGCCACUGCACCGACUUCAUCUGGGGCAUCGGUAAACAAGGAUUCCAAUGUCAAGUAUGCAGUUUUGUCGUCCACAAAAGGUGUCAUGAGUUUGUGACCUUCACUUGCCCAGGCUCUGUGACAGCCCCCAGACCAGAUGACCUGAAAAGUCGACACAAAUUCAAGAUCCACACCUACUCCAGUCCUACUUUCUGUGACCACUGUGGCUCACUGCUGUACGGACUCAUACACCAGGGCAUGAAAUGUGCCAGUUGUGAUAUGAACGUCCAUCGACGGUGUGAGACCAGUGUUCCCAGUCUCUGUGGUCAAGAUCAUACAGAGAAGAGAGGCAGGAUCCACCUGACCAUCAGAGGAGAGAACGAGGACGUCUAUGUCACAGUGCGGGAGGCUCGCAACCUGAUGCCUAUGGAUCCUAAUGGCCUGUCAGACCCGUAUGUUAAACUGAAAUUGAUUCCAGACCCAAAGAGCCACAGCAAACAGAAGACCAAGACCAUUCGCUCCACACUCAAUCCCGUCUGGAAUGAAAGUUUCACCUUCUCAGUGCGUGGCCACCAGUGGGACCGGCGCCUGUCUGUGGAGGUUUGGGACUGGGACCGCACAUCUAGAAAUGAUUUCAUGGGAGCGCUGUCGUUUGGAGUGAGUGAGAUCUUCAGGCGUCCAAUCAGCGGCUGGUUCAAGCUGCUGGCCCAAGAUGAAGGAGAGUACUACAACAUCCCCGUACCGGACCCAGACCUGCAGGAGCCCCAGCCGGAUGCUACGACACCCCCUCUGCCUCAGGUUGUACCUGUGUCGCUGUCUGAAUCAUUCCCCGUGGCUCUGUCCCCAACACCUAUUCCGUCCUGCCCACCCGUGCACACCCCCAGCCCGGGCAAGGUGAAAGUGAACAUCCUUGACUUCAGCUUCCUCAUGGUCCUGGGAAAAGGCAGCUUUGGCAAGGUGCUGCUUGCAGAGGAGCGAGGCAGCGAGCGUCUGUUUGCAGUGAAGGUGUUGAAGAAAGACGUUCUCUUCCAGGACGAGGACACUGAGAGCGCUAUGGUGGAAAGGAGAGUCCUGGCGCUCCCUUCUCGCCCUCACUUCCUCACCUCGCUCUACUGCGCCUUCCAGACUGAGGACCGUCUGUAUUAUGUGAUGGAAUAUGUCAACGGUGGGGACCUGAUGUUUCAUAUCCAGAUAGUCGGGAAGUUCAAAGAGCCUCAUGCAGCGUUUUAUGCAGCAGAGAUUGCGGUGGGCCUCUUCUUCCUGCACAGCAAAGGCAUCAUCUACAGGGAUCUAAAGCUGGAUAAUGUGCUGCUCGACAGUGAGGGCCACAUAAAGAUAGCUGACUUCGGGAUGUGCAGAGAAGGCAUGUUUGAGGGUGACACCACACGCACUUUCUGCGGCACCCCUGACUACAUUGCUCCUGAGAUUGUGGCAUAUCAGCCCUAUAAUACAGCAGUGGACUGGUGGUCUUAUGGAGUACUGCUGUAUGAAAUGCUGGCAGGACAGCCACCAUUUGAUGGUAUUGAUGAAGAGGAGCUGUUUCAGUCCAUCAUGGAGCAGAGUGUCUCCUAUCCAAAAGUCUCUCGUGAAGCUGUCGCUAUCUGCAAAGGCCUCCUAACAAAAAACCCAGCCAAGCGUCUGGGUGGAGGAGAGGAUGCUGAGCGGGAGAUCCGGGAGCAUCCGUUCUUUCGUUGGCUGGACUGGGAUCGUCUGGAGAGACUGGAGAUCCAGCCGCCCUUCAAACCCAGAACUGGUGGGAAGAAAGGUGAAAACUUCGACAAGUUCUUCACAGCAGCCCCCUCGGUGCUCACUCCCUCUGACCCAGAUGUACUAGCAGCCAUCAACCAGGAAGACUUCCAGGGCUUCUCAUUUCUCAACCCAGACUAUGCUCCUUCACCUCUCACCGCUGUUUGAAAAUGGCUCCACCUCCCCUCCACCCGCCUAUCCCUUUGAAUGUACCCAAACUGCCCUUUCUUUCUAAUAGUAGUUUUAUAGCAGAGAAUAUGAACCUGAGAACUAUCAGCAUGUAUUAAUGACACCUCUCAUAACCAAAUCUGUUUACAUGAAAAUGCCAAGACACCUUUAUAUAUUCCUGCACUCUCUUUAAUGUAUUUAUGUGAUCAGGCUAGACACAGACUCACAUAAUGUCACAAUAAUGCCAAUAACACCAGUAUUACAUUAGAGGUUUUGUAGGAAGCAUGUUAACUUGAUAAGAGUACUGUAGUAUGAACCUGAUAAAUGGGACAGAACUCAUCUCUAUGCAUGCAAGGUCCACUUUGUAAACACUAGUUUUCUAUAGUGUUAGAUUAUUCAAGAAAGAUACACCUGUUUAACUUAACAAACAAUGUGUUUAAUACCUUUUUCAGUACUUUGAUUAGGUUCAUUUUGUGUUGUGAGAAGCUGUAUUUUCCCAAACAACUACAUUUCUCAGUCUGUUUCCUUUUUUUUCUGGUAUUCAGGCCACAUAGAAGGAAAAAUCCCCUUUUGUUGCUCAUACAUGUGAUGAAACUUCACAGGUAUUUCCCGGUGGAGUUUAUAUGCCGUACACUACCAGGAGCACUAUAAUGUAUCUUUCUAAAUAUAUAUCUCAAUUUAUCUGUGUGUGUGUUCAGUGUUCUGGCUGAGUGACACUUGACCAUGAUGCAAACUAAGUGGGUAGCUGUGUUUUUACUAUCACUGUGUGGAAGUGCCCUGUCAGUCAGGUCCCUGUGAGCUGGCUUGACUCAUUUUAAUGUCACACUUUGACCUCAGAUGACCAAGAGACACACCAUCAUGCAGUGCAGGUUUAUGAUUCACAGCCACACUGCCUGACUCUAUUAACAGUGGGAGGAAGCCACUUCAACACCACUGUUUGAGAAGAAUCAAUGGAUUUAUUUAUCUGUCUACACUGCAGUCUGAAGUGCACACAUAUCCCCCUAAAAUAAUCUCAUUAUAGUACAUAUUUUCUCCAGCUGACAAGAAUAGGAGGCUUGUUAGCUGGUGCGGAUACAGGUAAUUUAUUACUGAAGUGCUGUACACCGUGAAGCUUUUCGCUGUAAUGACGCACUCUCAGCACUGAUUAGAUAUAAUUAAAAGUGAGGCUCACUGGAACUGUUCAAUACAUGGAAAAAUAAUAGCAGCGCUGCCAUUAAAAUGCUAUCUGAACAAGGCAAGUGGCAGCAAACAUACAGUGCGCCUGUCUUUCAAACCAACUAGUUAUUUCCUAUGAAAGUCUGUGUGGAUGCAUUUUGAUGUUGUUUUCCUCUGAGUAUAUUUGGUUUUAAUACAGUGAUAAACACAUCAAUCUUUCAUGAAGAGGAGCUGAAGGAUACAUAGAGAUGAAAACUGUCAAUCUGCCUUUCCUUAGUUUGAGUUCAGGUCAACUGUCACAACACACAAUACUUAAAUAUGAUAGACAAUAUGAUCGAUAAUAGAAAAUAGAUGAUUUAUGCAUUUAUAUAUCUGUUAGUUGAGUUAUGUUUUGUUUUCACGUGUUGGAAAAAGAAUGUUGAAAUAAACUUGCUGAAAUAAU